AUGACAUGCAAUCCUUCUUGGAGUGAGAUAACAUCAGAACUUUUGCCUUUUCAAACACCACAAGAUCGUCCAGAUUUGCUAACAAGAAUAUUUCGAACGAAAUUCGAGCAAUUAAAGGAUGCUGUUAUUAAUAAAGGAGUCUUAGGAAAGGUUAAAAGCUACAUGUAUGUCACUGAAUUUCAAAAACGAGGAUUGCCGCAUGUGCAUAUGUUGUUGGUCUUAGAAAGUAACGACAAAUUGCGUGGCCCAGAAGAGUAUGAUAGUGUGGUAAGAGCAUAA